AUGAACGAUGCCAUCUCUCGCGUAACAUCUGCCUGCCACACUUGCGCCUCCCUGAAGUCGUUUCCAAGCUCCUUGGUCAAGCAGUCGUCUGACGACCCCCCAGAGGUCGUAGGCGUCUCCUUCGCUGCCGAUGUGAUCAAACGCUACCGUCAGCUGAUUCUAGUACUGCGAGAAUGCACCACGUCCUUCACUGCUUCCUGCUUGGUACAUGACGAGAAACACGAUACCCUCCGUGACGGCCUCACACAACUAAUUUUCGGUCUCCAUCCACUUGACGGUCCAAGAGCAAUUAUACGUGUAGAUCCCUCCAUGGCCAACAAUGACUCUCUCAACUACCUGAACGUCACAAUCGAUGUCGGUCGCGUUAAGAACAAAAACAAGAACCCAGUCGCUAAGAAGGCUGUCCGUGAACUUGAGGAAGAGCUCAUGAGACAAGAGCCCGUUGGCAGACCAGUAAGUGCAGUUGGUCUUGCUCUCGCCACUGCCCGUCUUAAAUCCCGUCUUCGCCUUCCUGGCCUAUCAUCUCGCGAGUUGUGGACUCAACGCAAUCCGUUCACCCACGAACAGUUGCCGUUGUCUGAUUACGACCUCAUACUUGGUAAACACGAGCAACGUUCCACUAACCAUGCCUCCAGUGAGAAGUCUAAGAACCCUCGCCGUCUUGUUCCAAACACGCCUUCACUACAGGUUGGCGACAUUGUAUACCUCAUUUCCGAUAAGGACAAGUCUCGCGCGCGUGAUCGCUAUAUCGUGGUUUCCAUCGACUUCCCUUGGUGCUUCGUUAAGAAGUUCAGUGGUUCACAACUGAGGGCCACCUCCUACAAAGUCAAGUUAUCCGAGUGUUACGCUACUUCUCCCCCCGUUAUAGUGGCCGAUCAUUCUGGUCUUCCGGCUUCUCAAGACCAGGAUGAUGAGCCUUCUCCGGCAACCCCCGCUGUGCCUGCAGCCUCAGUAUCACCAGAGUCACCUCCUCCCGCGCCGCCUGAGCUUACCUCGGUGCCGUCUGACGAGGAGCAAUUCCCUUCGUCCACGUGUGAUGACACUACCCUUGAAGCCCCUAUU